UGAGUAUGGCCGGUUCGGCGAGCUUGUUCAUCGGGCAGGGGCGUGCGAAGUGGCCAAAUUGUCUUCAUCCGAUGUCCCGAGGAUGAGCAUUCGUGUGGUAAUUAUCCGUGCUUUUGUCGCUCCACGGUGCCUGGCUCUCAACUAUAUCUACCCUUGGCAGCUCUUGGGACAGGCCAGUCGGGAGCACAGCAACUGGCACCCACAAGCCCGGGCGAGCGGUAUCUUCGGACGGUCUCGACGGUUGGCUCUCGGAAGGUUUCCAAGUGAAGAGCGGGAGAAGCCGUUCGUCGCAAGGGAGCCGCAAAUGCGGGGGAUCCGGGGGACUCGCCGGGAAUGGCGUCCAAUCCUGGGGGCAACGGUAGGCGGGCAGACAUCUAGGACACACAGCUACAUGCAAGCAGUAGUACACUAAACGAGUGACUGAUUCACACAACCCCCCCCUCCCCUCCCC